UUCACUUAUCUCUCAAUUGUGGUACAGUGAAGACAUUUAUUACAGCCUUUCUGAAGCAAAUAACCAACCAGAAAGUGAGAAAUAAGAGAGAAAUAAGGCAAAAUCCACCUUCUCGCCAUAUCUCCAUUACGUGAAACUGAUAACCAGAACAUUCCCUUCACUUAUCUCUCAACCCUGGUACAGUGAAGACAUUUAUUGCAGCCUUUCUGAAGCAAAUAACCAACCAGAAAGUGAGAAAUAAGGCAAAAUCCACCUUCUCGCCAUAUCUCCAUUACGUGAAACUAAUAACUGGAACACUCCCUCACUUAUCUCUCAACCCUGGUACAGUGAAGACAUUUAUUACAGGCUUUCUGACGUGAAUAACCAACCCGGAGAAAAGAAAAGGGUAAAUCCAGCUUCUCGAACACUUGGCAGCUUCUAGAGGGUCGCCAUUUGCGGAGAGACGGAGAAGAGUGAACGUCUGAUUUUACAUGGUGACUGGCAGCGUAUUUAGCGCCAUGGAGGGACUCAACUUUCAGAGAUUCACACGAGGACUCACCGAGAACCUGGAGCCGCAGGUGAGGCAGCACCUGAAGAAUGUGUAUGCCACCUUCACCCUGGCCGGCAUCGCUGCAGCGGCCGGCUCCUAUGCGCACAUGUACAGCACGCUGGUUGGGGCAGGGCUGCUCACGGGGCUGAUGGCUCUGGGCUCCCUGCUGUGGCUCAUGGCGACACCCUACGAUGGCAAGAACAGCCCGCACCGCCUCGCCCUGCUCGGCUCCUUUGCCUUCUUCACUGGCUGCAACCUUGGCCCCCUCCUGGACAUUGCCAUGAUUGUCAACCCCACACUGGUGAUGCAGGCACUCCUUGGCACCAGCGUAGUGUUUGGCUGCUUCUCACUGUCGGCCCUGUUUGCCCCGCGUGGCCAGUACCUGUAUCUGGGCGGCACUCUCCUGUCAGCACUCUCCACCCUCUUCUGGCUCUCCUUCCUCAACAUCUUCUUCGGCUCAAGGCUCAUCUACCAGGUUAACCUGUACGUGGGUCUGCUGGUGAUGUGCGGGUUCAUCGUGUUCGACACCCAGAACAUCAUGGAGAAGGUGCGUCGUGGGGACAAGGACUACAUCAUGCACAGCGUUGAGCUCUUCAUCGACUUUGUGGCCGUCUUUAAGCGCCUCCUCAUCAUUCUGACUGAGAAGGAGGCCCAGAGCCAGAAGAAGCGGAGGAGGGACUAAUGGAGCAGCCCCACCCAGCUAGUCGUGGAGGACUCUAGCGUUAAGCAUUGUGGCCGGCAAGGGACAAUUUAGGCACCAGUUUGUUUUCUCUUCCGCUCUGCAGUUUGAGAUGGAAUAUUAUUGUUACCAUCACCUAUAUUAUAAUUAUUAUCACUAUUAUUGAUGCUAUGGUUAGUGUCGUAGCCAACACGUCACCUUUUUGUUUUCUUUUGCUGUUGGUCUCCUUCGGUUCCUUUUAUUGUGUGUGUAUAUGUAUGGAAUCUUAUUUUGUUGGUUUCUCAAAAAGGUAUAUUUGUAUAAAACCUUAUAAUAUAUAUGCAAAAUACAAAGGCAUGAUUACUCUUGUAUUGCUGGAGAAUGGAAAAGACACUAAUGCAAAAAUAAAAAGUUAUUUUUUA